CCGGUGGAAACAGAUACCUGGCUACUGAACAAACAGUUCCAGUUUACAGGCACAUUAUUCGUGAAAAAUAUAAUGCAAUUUUGCGAUUUAGACGCGAGUUUAAAAAAAACAUUUUUUGGAAACAUAGUUGUAACUCCCCUUGAAAACCACAACGAUAUUGAAAAACAAACAAGUCAGAGAUUAGCGUUAGCUCUUUUAUUUAGCAUAGUCCGAUAACAACGGAUCAGAAAACAUGGCGGUGUCCUUGAGCAGCACAGGCAGCGCGAGGCUGCUGGGCGCCUUAAUCAGGGCCGGAUCAUUAUGCAGCUCGUCUGGAAGCAGAGGUCUCCAUGUCACCGCAGUGUGCUGCAAGAAUCGAGCUGCUCGUAUCCGAGUGGGGAAAGGAGACAAACCCUUGACCUAUGAGCAAGCACUUCACCCUCAUCACAUUGGCCAUCGCAAGGGAUGGCUGUCACAACAUACCACAACAGCUCUUCUUGUUCAGGAAGCCAGGUGUCAUGAGGAAUUUACACUUUUUCAGUUCAGUAACCUCAAAGGAGAAGAGGGAGCAGCUGAACGUACCAUAGAGGACGUGUUCAUAAGGAAAUUCAUGUUUGGGACUUUCCAUGGCUGCCUGGCCAAUGAGAUUGUGAUCAAGAGGCGUGGCAACUUGCUCAUCGUGUGUGCUUUAAUGUUACAGCAGCUCCCACCAAUGAAGUUUUACUUCUUAAUUGGCUACACUGAGUCAAUACUGUCUCACUUCUACAAAUGUCCCGUCAAGUUAGAGAUUCAGACCCUGCAGGAGAAAGCUGUGUACAAGUACCUUUGAUGCAACUGUUCAGUGUCAAUACAGAAUAAAUGUUUCUCCUUGAGAUAAUCUACCACAAGCUGCAGUUUAAUAUUGUAUUCAAUUAUAACUCAUCUUCAUUCUUACACACUGAAUGAUGCCACCUGUUUAUAGUUCCCCCAUAAAUAAAAGAGAAUGCAAUCA